UUAUCUGCAAAGAAGAUGAGAGAGACUACUGUUAGUCUGCCGUGCACAUGUCGAACAAUUGAAACGCGGAAUUUGUUCUGCUUAAUUAAGUGCGUUUGUGCGUAAAGCCAUAAUGAGGAAAGUGCUGGAGUGCUUUCUUCUGGUUUUGGAUUUUGCGGUGUCGGCGCCCAAGCUGCCGAAUUUCGAUAUAUGGAGAGAAAAGAACGCGCUGGCCGAGAGUCCGGCCAACGUUUCAAGGCUUCCAAGAGUUCUCAAUUUCUUUCCUGUGCCGGUCGAAGAAGAAUGCCUGUCAAACGAUGGUCGAAGAAAAGGCAUUUGUAUGAAUGCCUACGAAUGUCGAAUUGAAAGUGGCACUUCUCACGGUCCUUGCGCCCUAGGAUUUGGAGUAUGCUGUGUAUUCACAGCGACGUGUAACGAAGAAAUUCACAACAACAUCACUUAUUUCGUGAAUCCAGACUUUCCAGAUUUGUCGAAAAACAUGGACUCGUGUACACUAAGUGUCAAGAAAAUCGACCCCGAGAUAUCCCAGUUGCGUCUGGAUUUUAUUCACUUCAAUUUGGGACAACCCAACCGAAAGACCGGCGUUUGCGAAGACGACAUUUUCGUUCUUAGUGGUGGCGAAACCCGCGAGUUGCGACUUUGUGGUCUUAAUAGUGGCCAACAUGCCUACUUCGACGUGGAAGACAUUGACACUUCGGUUUCCAUUGAAAUGAAGCUGAACAGACGCGCAGUGUCCAGGCUGUGGGAGGUCAGAGUCAUCCAGGUACCUUUCACCCAACGGGCCCCUGCUGGGUGUUUACAGUACCAUAUGGGAGUCACCGGGACCAUCCAGACCAUGAACUUCGCCGACAACGGGCGCCACCUAGCCGACCAAGACUACAACAUUUGCAUGCGACAGGAGGAGGAGAUGUGCAGUAUAGCGUACGAGCCGUGCCACGAGAACUCCUUCCGAAUAUCGCCGAACAACAACGAAACGAUUAGUGAGGACGUGGGGUCAGGAGAUGGCGCUGAACCCAGGAAUAUGGAUGAUUGUUCGGACAGAAUCGUGCUACCGUGUGACUCGGAAGAUUUAUUAAUGCCCAGUGAUGUUGGUCCGGGAACCUGCGACUUGAUUCACUGUGGGGAGUCUCUUUGUCCGUCUGGGGAAACCCCCUGUAGGAUUGAAAGCAGCGUCACUCCGUUUACCAUUGGCGUCCAUUUUGGGUCUAGUGCGAGAGAGGCGCCACCUGACGACAAUCUCGGGAUGUGUUUGACGUAUGAGCAGCUGCCAUGUAAUGUGUGAUGAUUGUACAUAGGUUAAGUCAAAACUAGUCAUUAUUUAUUUAUUUUUCAUAGAAACGUAAGUAAAUAAAAUGGAAUGUAAUUUCCGUCUUUAA